AAAAAACACAAAGUUGGUGUCUGACAGUGUCACUCAAAAUUUUUUGCGAAAUGGCUAAAUUUUGGUCGGUCUUUCUCGCUGCAUUGCAGUACACUUUCAGCAUUUACGUGUUCAAAAAACCCGAUUUGACCGGUUGUGGACCUCUGAUCUCGUCAUUGGCCGUCUUGCUCGCCCUUUCUUUGGUGCUAUGGAGUCUUCCGUUGUACCCCCGAAGACUGCGCAAGCUUGUCUCAUUCGCGAAUUUGUUUGCACAGUAUUUAAUUGCCGUGUUUCUGAUCGAAUACAUCAUGGGAUGCUUUUGGUUCCCGCUUGAAACGGCUAUUUUGGCAUUUUUGCCGAAACUGGCGUCCACUCUUGAAGAAAUCCUUAUGCGAGUUGACAUGAGAUGCAAUUUCCCUUGCGAUGUGUUAAAAAUGGAAGGAACAGGAAUGUUCACGAGCUAUCUGAUGAGUUUCCUCAUACUUGUGGCGGCUUUGCACGCAACCAGAAUGAUUAAUUUGCAGCUAUUGUCUUGUGGAAUUCGACCGUUCGCCACCGAUGUCACGCGCCGAAUUCAAAAAUUCUCGAAAAAUUUACCCCUCACGUCCAGAAUGAGGAUACCCAGAUUGAGGCCCCGGAGGUCGGAAACGUGCACCAGCGAUGAGGACUUUUGGCCCGGAGACGGGGAAUACGAGUAUGUUUACAAAUGAUCUAAACGCAGUACGCCAUCAAUUAUGACAAACAAAAUGUAAAUAAAUUAUUUUCGCACCGAAUAAAACGUUAUGGCCUGCA